AUGUUCCUCUUCGGUCUCGGGAAGCUAGUCUACGUUGUCAUCCUCCUGGUGAACGCCAUCGCUGUGCUCUCGGAGGACCGCUUCCUUGCGCGCAUUGGAUGGGGCCGCACACAAGCUGAGCCGGGAUUCGGCGCGACAUACGAUAGCACGAGCGUCAAGGCCAAGUCGGUCAACUUGAUUGCCAGCGUGCGGACCGUGAUGCGAAUACCCCUUAUUGUCAUCAACACGGUCAUCAUCAUCUACGAGAUCAUUCUCGGCUAA